AUGUCCUCGCCGCCGAACGCUCCAACCAACAAUAGUCACGUAGCUGCCACGUCCUCGUCGGAUUCUCAAGAUCUGAGUGCAUUAAAUGCACUUAGCCUCUCCAUUGCACAGCUCACCACCCCUAGGGUGAGUCACCACAGUAGCUCUGGUGACUCACCGGGUUGCUUUACCUUUGGCAAAGUAGACUUGACACCUACUAUAGAGGAAUGUCGAGCUUUUAUUUGCUGUCCAAGAAUCUACGAAGACAUGAUAUAUAUCAAGUCACCCAAUACUACUCCUUUUAAGAAGACUGUGCUUUUAUUGACCGGGAUGUGUGAAGAGUGGGCUACAAGAAAUAUCAAGAGGAAAGGUGUUAGUGAAUGUAUUACUUGGAAUGCCCUGAGAGAAGUGAUCUACCACCAUCCAGACAAAAGAAAACAAAUUGAUAUGUUGGCUUUAGGAAUCUAUGGAUUAAUCAUUUUUCUGAAGAUUCUGGGGCAUGUGGAUAUAGCAGCUGUAGACCUGUUUGAAAGAUUGAACAAGAAUGCAGAUCUGGUUCCUGUUAUAUUAGCUGAAACAUUUCGUUCCUUGAAUUCCUGCAGACACGAAGGAGAGGGACGUUUUAUAGGUUGUGCACCCCUAUUAUUGGUAUGGAUUUUGAAUCACUUUAAACAUGAAGAAAGAGCUCCUGUACUAGUAUUCCUAGAAGAUUUCUCACAUUUGCAAGAUUUUCUUUCUCGAAAAUGGUCUGGAGGAUAUGGUGAAGAAAAAUGGAUGAACAUCUUUCAAAAUCUCGAAGAUAAUGACGUAUUAUGGCGAGCCUCAUGGAAUACUUCUUCAAGAAAUAUGUAUAAGUGUGGAAAGCACGAUUGGGUUCCCUUACCUGGCAUAUGGGGUUUAUCUGAAUCAGUGUUUGUAUUAAGAAGUGAUCAGUACAAGGAAAUGAUCAGAAAAGUUAAUGAGGCUUGGAAACGGAUUCAUCAAGUAAAUUUAUUUACUUUCAGUCAAAAGCUCUCACCCAAAUACGAGCAAUGGAGAAUUAAUCGAAUCAACGACAACAUUCCAGUGGUUAAUUUUGAGAAUGUUCAACCCAUCAAAGAACAUGUGAGAAUUAUACCAUCUCCGUUAGAGCUGGCAAAACAAGACUUUGAGAGCGAAAGAAAGCAAUGGAAAAAAAAACUUUGCAAAAGCUGGAAGAAGAAGUAUACCACAAAGAAAUUGAGAUAG